CGCUUGCUAUUUGCCUUUAACGAGCAGUGAAAGAGGUUUACUUGUGAAAGCUUUUCUAUUUCAAUUGUGUUUUAACAGUCGUGCUUAACGGUUGUGCGAUUUGCUGCUCCGCUAAUGCAAUAUUCUCACCGAAAAAAACAAAACCAACAAGAUUCUAUCCAAAAAACUGUUGAAUUCAUAAAUGGAACGCAGUAAAAAGCGCUAAGUGUGGUGGCAAGAAUUUCCAAAUCCAGUCACGCGAGCGGCACAAUGGGCGCGCAGUGAAUUUUUCGGCUACUUAUUUACAUUUACAUAUGUACCUUCGUACUUGGCUCACACGAAAUACGGGAUAUAUGCACAGAUAACGGAUUGCGUUGCGCGCUACAUUGUGUUUGAGAAUUACAAAAAAAAUUAUUUAGUAUGAGUACUUUAAAUAAUUAACGGAAAAAAAUAUUAUUUGCAUUACGCAAAUAUUACAACAACAAGAAAAUAUACAACAAAAGUUAUGCUGUGCAGAACUGUAUACUUAAAAUAAUUAAUGAAAAUGAAGUGACUGCAUUAGAAGUUAACGGAGAUUAAAAGACAAUUAAAAAUAAAUAAAAAAAAAACAAUUAAAAAAUACAACAAAAAACAAUUCAACAAAAUGCACACAACUUAAAAAGAAAUUAAAAUAUGUGUACUAAAAAUUGUUAAAUGAAAAAUAAUAUAAGAAUAAAUAAGCUACAAAUCAACAAAAAACAUUAACAAAGCAAAAUAACAACAACAACAGCAAGUGCAAGUGUACGAAGAAAAAUUAAUUAAAAUGUCUAUUGUUUGCACUUUGGAGCCAAAAGUGAAUUUAUUCAAAAAUUCGGCAGCUAAAAAUAUGCUUGUUUUAAAAAAUAAUAAUGCGCUGAAGCACACAGGGUCAACUAACGGCGCAGCAGUGGAUCCAGCUAAAAAUUAUAACAAUAACAUAUACGCAAAGGAUAAAAAUGCAACCUAUAAAGCCCACAACAUUAACAACAAAAAUUCUGACAUUUACAACAACAAUAAUUGUAAUAACCUCAACCAGCAACAAUUAGAGCUGUUGCAACAGCAGUACAAUAAACGGAAUACCGUUGCUGAGCUGAUCGCUCGCCAACAACAACAGCAACAGCACCAAAUUUCCAAUGAUAUCAGCUCCACGGCCAACAGUGAAGUGUUGAAUAGUGGAAAUUUCGUUACUGAUAUGCCGGAAAUUCUCAGCGUUGCUGCCUUAAAUACUAACCAUCACAAGAACAACAAUAACAUAAGUUCCUCGGUAGCAGGUUCAAACACAAAAACAGCUACAAUGCACAACGUACGCUUACCGUCCAUUUCGCCGACACUAUCGUUGAACGGCAGCUCAAAUGAUGCAAACAAUGUACACGCCUACUCCAUGUACGGCCCUAUCAGUCCACAAUCCAGCGACAGUGGUCACAGCUUACCCGAUAACAUGUCGCAUGUGAAUGGCAAACAAUACCGCAAUAGCUUCAGCGGUUCCAACAGUUCAUUUGAUUCGCACGGCAUGUCCAAGUCACAGGCGCAAGCGCAUAAGGAUCUGUUCACACAGCGCAAGCAGCGUGAGUUUACGCCGGACAGCAAGAAGGACGACAGCUAUUGGGAUCGACGUCGACGCAACAAUGAGGCGGCCAAACGUAGUCGCGAGAAGCGUCGCUACAACGAUAUGGUCCUGGAACAGCGUGUCGUCGAGCUGACUAAAGAAAAUCACGUGCUCAAGGCACAGUUGGACGCUAUCAAAGAUAAGUUCAAUAUUUCCGGUGAGAAUUUGGUGAGCGUCGAACAGAUAUUGGCUUCAUUGCCCACCAGUGAGCAGGUAUUGAGUAUUACGAAGCGCGCCAAAAUGACAAUAAAUGGCGGUUUCAAUGGCGCCACCACAGCGGUGCCCACAUCCAUUGUCUACGGCAUACCAGCGCACGCAAACGCCAAUGGCGCAGGUGGCAUGCCGAGCACUACAACCAUGGCACAAACACCCACAUCCAAUGGCAUACUGACACCACAGAAGUCGAACACCAUGAAUCAGGUGGCGAACAGCGAUCCGAACAGCGCUUUGAACGGCGACAACGGCUUGUUGUGUAAAACGUCACAGCAGUCGCUGCAGCAGGCCAUUAAGAAUGUGAAUCAAACGAAUAUGGCCAAUACAUUAACGCACCCGCAUGCGAUAUCGUCGGUCGCACACAUGCAAAUGUCCACCUCGCCAGUACACCUCAACACCGAACACUAUCAGCCUCCACCACCCCUGCCGCUCAACACCAACUACACCGCUGAAAUGGCACGUGCAAACAACACGAGCGUUUUAAGUAACGGCGUCAAUAACGCUAAUGCGCCCACACAUUUGGAGAGCGCACGUCAUCAUCCUACAGCAGCGACACCGCAGCAACAACCAGCACCUCCGUCCAAUCUGCAGAACUUGCACGUGUUGCAAGCGCUCAACCGCAAUGUCAACUGCGAUGAUCUCGAUAAUUUGCGCAAAGUUGUUGCUGUAGUCGGUGCUGCUAUCAACACGAAUGGUACAACCGACACGACCGAAGCGCCACUUUACAAUGCACCGGUAACGGCACCCCUUUAUGUGCCACCACAUCCCGCCAGCAUGUAUGCCUACAGCACAAAGGAUCAGGUAACAGCGUCCACUCAAAAUCUAGAAAACGGCUAUCACACAAAAUCACCCGAAACCAAUGGCGUCAGCUCGAGCGCGGUCGAUGCAGUGACCUCCUCAUCCGUCAACGGUAAUGGCGAUGCUAACGGUGGCAAUGACGUGCUAAAUUUAUCGCGUCGCGCUUGCUCGCCGGCCUAUGAGCAUAUGCUCUCAUCGACCAUCUCGUCGUCGGCCUCCUCGUCAGGUGUGGCCUCCGGCGAUGACGAACACGAACCGGACGGCGUUGACGAUAUCGAACAUAACAAUGCGGUCAACAUCAGCACCACCAGUCCCAGCAGCAGCGAUUCGAACAACUGUUUGCCGCUCAAGUUGCGCCAUAAGUCACAUUUAGGUGAUAAGGAUGCGGCUGCUACGGCGCUGCUAGCGCUACAGCACAUCAAACAAGAGCCGGUGAGUAAUCGCGCCUCACCACCCGGUUGGGUGGACAAUGGCGAUAAUUCGAGCGAUGAACGCGACUCGGGCAUUUCAAUCGGCAGCGCCGAGUGGACCGCACAAUUUCAACGCAAAGCCGAUAAGAGCAACAGCUCAAUGGUGGGUGUGACACCGUCCGAACGCGAGCACAUACUGAAAUCUCAUUUGGCACGCCUGGAAUCGGAGGUGGCCAACAUCAAGAAUAUGAUGAUCCUGUCUGUAGAUCAGAUAAAUACACCGGCGGAUUUGAAAAUCUAAGUUGCUUAGCCACGCGGAUCAGCCACAUUUGUGCGAAAACCGAAACUGUGCGUGCGGAUCAGCCAUAUUUGUGGAAAAACCGUAAGCGCUUGUAUGGAGAGAGAGCAGAGACACAAUAACUUUUUUUACAUAUUUGUGGGGAGUGCUUUUGUUAGAUAGGGGCGUGUUUGUUGUAAUAAUCGUAUCGAAAUUGAGGCAUGUACGUCUUAAGAUUUGUUGUGUACUGAAAGUUUUUUUAUAAAAUGAAGAUUGUACAUAAAAAAUAAUUGUACAAAAGUUGCUUAACUGUGUAUUAGUUUAUUUCAUUUAAUUGUAGCUGUCAAAAAGUAUAAAAAGAAUUAGAAUUUAUUAUUUUUGAAAGCAAAAUAUGACAUAGUACUCUUAGCAGCCGCGGGCAUGUGAACACACCUUAAACUUUAGCGUAUAAAAUUUGAAAGUGUUAAAUGUCAAAUAUCAGCAAAGAAGUUGGCAACGCGUAGCAUCAUAUCAACAAAUCAUUCAUUACUUUCAAAUCAUUAUCA